AUGAAAGUGUCUAAUAAAACGGAGAUUGGGGACUUUGACGAGACACAAAGCUGGCAGCAUCUCCUCCACAAUAAAUAUUUGCCGGACCAGGACGCCAUCCGGGACAAGAUUAUGGACUGCCACCGGAAGCAUGCUGGGCAGACACCAGCAGAAUCGGACUACCAACUGCUCGAAAUCGCCAGACGUUUGGAGAUGUAUGGCAUCCGUUUGCACCCGGCCAAAGACCGAGAGGGGACCAAACUUAGCCUGUCAGUGGCUCACACCGGUGUGCUAGUAUUCCAGGGGUACCUUAAAAUAAAUUCUUUCAAUUGGGCCCGGAUUCGCAAACUCAGCUUCAAACGAAAGAGGUUUCUCAUCAAGCUGAGAGCCGAACCUGCUCAAAAUGCCCACCAUGACACCCUGGAAUUCGCCAUGGCCAGCCGGGACUGCUGCAAAAUUUUCUGGAAGAUUUGUGUUGAAUACCAUGCCUUCUUCAGACUUUUUGAAGAGCCAAAACCCAAGCCUAAACCCAUACUUUUUACCAGAGGAUCUUCUUUCCGCUUCAGUGGUCGAACCCAGAAGCAGAUCAUUGAUUAUGUUAAAGACUCCGAAGUGAAGAAGGUCCCAUUUGAAAGGAAGCACAGUAAGAUCCUGUCCAAUAGCGGCCUGCCGUCCCAGUCCUCCUCAUUCAGGUCACAAGUGCCAAGAGAGAGCGCUUUUUCCAUCCCGCUAGCAGACCAGACCGACUCCACCAGAUUCUCCGAACUGAACGGCAGCCAGCAGAUCUCGGUGACCAACAACAACGGCUUCCACGACUUCAUGGCUCCGCCCAAAGCGCUGAAUCACCAUGGCAACGGGCCUGCACAGGACCAGCACCACCUUAACCCAGGUCCAUCCUGCAGGGCUAACAAAGGCAGCAGUUCAUCUAUCCCAUACAUAGACUGCAGCGACAUAGACAGUGAAUCUGACGUAAAGAAAAGCAGCCGGGCAGCUAGGGGGCGCUGCAACGAGGACAUGCAGCAUCAUGCAGGGCAGGUUGGCGGGAUUUUUGGCGCGGUGAAUGGUUUCUACCACACUAAUCACCAAGGUUUGAUGAGAAGCAAUGGUCAGUCUCCGAGCAAGUUUGUCCACGAGGUUCCAGAUGAUGUUGAUGAUGAGGUGGUGCCAAACGGUAGCUCAUUCCACGGUCGCGUCCCUCUCCACAGCACAUUGUUGGACGAGAUUUUCCAAGGGAGAGAUAUCAGAGGCGUUGCGCUAGGCCGGCCGCUUGGAACGGGAACGCGCAGCCAGUGCUCUAGCCCAAUUAUCAGCAGCUUCCAUCCACGCACCAGUUCGCUAAGCCACGAAAUGGCAAAUAACCAGCCACGCUCGCCUCCGCGCUGGGACGACGGCGGCCAUUACUUUAGCAAACGCCCCGGUUCAGCGCUCAUGGAAACGCCCUCAAAUCUCCCUCAACCUUUCACCCCUCCCCCUUUGCCGCAACUGAACCAUUAUGGUAGCUAUUCGCCGAUUUUAUCCAAUCGCCCUCACAUGGCGCUCAACAAUAACAACAUGCGAAACCGCUCAGACACCGAUCCGUUCAUUCUCAGCCAGAUCACUUCCACGCCAAUUCACCACAAACAUCACAUCUUGACCCAAACUCCGAAUUCGGCGCCGAUGGAACGCAAAGUUCUGACCAACGGCAAUCACAAGGCGAACCUCAGGGUACCGGGUCAGGUCCGAUCGAAUACCGUCCAGCGUAUGUUCGGCCGACAGGGGAAACCGUCAAACAACAACCAGCCGGUGCAAAUGAUUGACGGGUCGACCAGUAGCGGUACCGAUAGCGACGGCGAUUCAGACACCGGGAGCAGCGUCUAUAGUCAGCCGCUCAUGUACGGAAACCCGUGCGCGGUGAGUUCCCGGAAUUCGGUCAAUUCCAACGGCAUCAGUUCGUCACCGGUGGUAAAUAGCAAGUUUUCGUUCGCGAGCAUGCAGGUGGACGAGGGAGAGGAUGGAGAGGAAGAGGAGGGGUGUUACCGGUUCAAUGAGGAAGAGGUCGGAGGCAGCCCAGGUUCAGAGGAUUCUCCCCUGGGAAGCCCCCGUGUGGCAAUUACCGGUACUUCUCCGGCUAAUGCCAGGGACCCCCUUAUCGUCUCUUCUAACCCCCCAAUCCCAGACGCACGGCAGCUCUCUCCCCUCACCAGCCCGCUGCUCAUAGACGCUGGCUACGUCCGGAACGAGGACGAGGAAGAAGCCCGCAGAAAGAAGUUUCCCACAGACAAGGCCUACUUCAUCGCCAAAGAACUGCUAACCACGGAGCGGACCUAUCUCAAGGACCUCAAAGUCGUUACAGAGUCUUUUCAGAAGGCAGUUGCAAAUGACGAGACCUUUUCAAACUCGGUCAAGAACAUAAUUUUGGCCAACUACGAACCAGUCUACAAUUUCCACGCAGGCUUUUUGAAGGAAGUGGAACAAAGGCUGGCACAAUGGGAGGGUCGAUCUAAUGCCCAUAUUAAAGGAGAUUACCAGCGGAUAGGAGACAUUCUUUUGAAAAAUAUCCAGGGCCUACGGCAACUCACCGUCCAUCUUCAAAAACAUUCUGAAUGCCUGGUUGAACUGGAGAAGCUGUCCAGGACUGUGCGUAAAGUGGAGGCGUUGUGUCGAGAGUUCGAGCAGCAGAGAGUGUGCUACCUUCCUUUCAACGUGUUCCUCCUGAGGCCCCUCCACCGCCUGCUUCACUACAAACUCAUCCUGGAAAGACUUUGCAAACACUAUCCACCCACGCAUGAGGACUUCAGGGACAGCAGAGCGGCCCUGGCUGAAAUCUCAGAAAUGGCGUUGCAGCUUCAAGGCACCAUGAUGAAGAUGGAGAACUUCCAGAAGCUUCUGGAGCUGAGGAAAGACCUGACGGGCAUCAACGACGUGGCCAUCCCUGGAAGAGAGUUCAUCCGGCUCGGCUGCCUCAGCAAACUAUCGGGGAAAGGUCUUCAACAGCGCAUGUUCUUCCUGUUCAGUGACUGCUUAGUGUACACCAGCCGAGGGAUGACCGCAGCCAAUCAGUUCAAAGUCCACGGACAGUUGCCUCUUUAUGGGAUGACGAUACGUGAGAGUGAAGAAGAAUGGGGAGUCCCUCAUUCAUUCACUUUAUUCGGGCAAAGGCAGUCAGUCGUUGUCGCAGCAAGUUGUGGGUCGGAGAUGGAGCGGUGGGUGGAGGACAUCCGCAUGGCCAUAGACUUGUCGGAGCAGAGCAGCGAAACCCUCUCGGACCUGCUCCCCGCCAGCCCCACGGACGGCAAGCUGAGUGGAGACGCGGGUCCGGAGCACGAGUCUGAGGAGGAGCUGAGCGGAUCGCGCACGUCUCUGGAGCGCCAGGGUCACCGCGGCAACACCACCGUGCAUGUGUGCUGGCACCGCAACACCAGUGUCUCCAUGGUGGACUUCAGCGUGGCCGUAGAGAACCAGCUCUCAGGAAACUUGCUGCGGAAGUUUAAGAACAGCAAUGGUUGGCAAAAACUGUGGGUCGUCUUCACCAACUUCAGCCUUUUCUUCUAUAAAUCACACCAGGAUGACUACCCUCUGGCCUCACUCCCGCUGCUGGGCUACUCUGUGACGGUUCCGGCUGAAUCUGAAAAUAUUCACAAAGAUUAUGUUUUCAAACUGCAUUUCAAAUCCCACGUGUACUACUUCAGAUCCGAGAGCGAGUACACUUUUGAAAGGUGGAUGGAAGUGAUCCGCAGUGCCACCAGUUCUUCCAACCGCUCACUGCCCACCUCCAGAAAAGAGCUUUACUGA